UCGAGAGGCCGGGCAACUGCGUGUUCGGUGAUUCGAGGUAGACCGACCAAUCUGUUAAAAGGGGUAGUCGAGAGUAUGUUUUCCACAUACAACAUCUCAGGCUGCACUAACAACCACAAUGAACCGGUACUUGCUUGCAUGCUCCCUGUAAUAAAGGCAUGCUUCACCCUUUCCCAGAUCUGAAGUCUCAGAGUUGUAAGAAUGCCGUGUCUAAAAUGUUGUCCUCAGCUUGCAAGUCGAAACUCCACGACUGGAUGGCUGUGUUCAGUUGUCCAGUGCUGUGUGAAGCCGACGAUGUUGAAAGAAUUCGAGUCCGAAUCAGGCAAAGCAGCAAAUGCGGGGUUGGAACUUGGGACAGCGAUCCAGCAGAUCCGGUGGACUCCAAAGCCCACUCGGAUCCACCUGCAGCCUGCAGGUGCCAGGAACAGGUAGCCGUUGCCCUGGAAACGCAGGAAGGCGCGAAACCAAGAUCUGUGCAACUUUCAACCGAGUCCUGGAAACACAAAGUCAACCAGCGUCCCGGCUGUACCUCGACAUUCGAGCCUUUCAACAUUUUGUUUACUCCUCUCACUUUGCCACCAGCGGAGCUACCCCAGCCGCAGGGAAAAAUGCUCGCUGUUUUUUGAUGCGAAUUUAUCGUUCUAUCUUACAGCGAAACAACUACAUUAGCUGCAGAGCUUAGCUGCACGUCAUUGCGAUCCAUGAGACACCCCACCACAACCAAUCUCUUGCUCCUUUGA